CUGUUGGUGGCGCUGGUGUGGGGGGUGGGUGUGUGCCAGGCCUCCCCCGUCAAGCCCCCUGACGCCACCCCCCCUAUCUUCUCCCAGCCCCAGCUCACCUACGGCGUCGUCAGGUUCGGACGAGGAUUACGACGAAGCCAAAUAUGUGUUCGAAUGGCAGGUCGCGGACGACGGCUCCGACUUCGGCCAGACGGAGACCCGCGACGGGGACCACACGCGCGGCUCGUACGUCGUGGGUCUGCCAGACGGACGACGACAGACCGUCACGUACCACGUCACGCAGGACUCGGGGUACGUUGCUGACGUCACGUACCAGGGGGAGGCUCAGUACCCUCAGCAGAGGCACGUGGCGUCACGUCCAGCGUACACGAACUAACGUACCCGACCUACGUUACGGGUCGGCAGGACAUUCGAGGAUUCCAUACAUUAAAUUUAUUAUAUUAUUAAAUCAAUAAAUACUUUAGAAUUGCGUCUCUUUGUAAACAAGUACGUAAACCUAUGAUCAAUAAUAUAAUCUAUGAUAUCUUCAUAUAUAGCGAAGAAAUUUUCCAUACAUUUUCAAACUAUU